GGCUUGCCUUCUUUUGCCUACUUCAUCUCUCUCUCUCGUGGUGGAGACGUUGGCGGCGUUGGUUCUGUGAAUGUUUUAAGUGAAAAUGUAAUACUUUGAUAGUUUAAUUACAAUGUUUGAUUGAAGCCAGGGGAAUGAACAGUUUUCAGUUCACCAGUUCCAUCUGUGGUUGUAAUUCCUAAGGGUUGACAAGAUGUACCUGUACAAUUUGACACUCCAAAGGGCUACUGGCAUUACCCAUGCAGUCCACGGGAACUUCUCAGGUAGCAAGACGCAGGAGGUGUUGGUGUCUCGAGGAAAGUGUUUGGAACUAUUGCGGCCUGAUCCCAACACUGGCAAAGUACACACACUGCUCACCGUCGAGAUAUUCGGAAUUGUCCGGUCCCUCAUGGCAUUCCGGCUUACUGGCGGCAAUAAGGACUACAUAGUGGUCGGGUCGGAUUCUGGUCGGAUCGUGAUCCUGGAGUAUGUUCCUACCAAGAACAUCCUGGAAAAGGUCCACCAGGAGACGUUUGGCAAGAGCGGAUGUCGUCGCAUUGUCCCUGGCCAGUACCUGGCCAUCGACCCCAAAGGCAGAGCUGUCAUGAUCGGUGCGAUAGAAAAACAGAAGCUGGUCUACAUCUUGAACAGGGAUGCUGAGGCUAGACUGACUAUCUCCUCACCUCUGGAGGCUCACAAGAGUAACACCCUUGUGUACCAUAUGGUUGGAGUGGAUGUUGGUUUUGAGAAUCCCCUCUUUGCUUGUCUUGAGAUAGAUUAUGAGGAGGCAGACACGGAUGUCACUGGUGAGGCUGUACACAAGACUCAGCAAACCCUAACAUUCUACGAGCUGGACUUAGGGUUGAACCACGUGGUGCGCAAGUACUCUGAGCCAUUGGAGGAGCAUGCUAACUUCUUAGUGUCUGUACCAGGCGGCAACGAUGGCCCCAGUGGUGUACUUAUCUGCUCGGAGAACUACCUGACGUACAAGAACCUUGGGGAUCAGCACGACAUCCGGUGUCCUAUUCCUCGAAGGAGGAAUGAUUUGGAUGAUCCUGAACGAGGUAUGAUUUUUGUCUGCUCAGCGACCCACAAGACCAAGUCCAUGUUCUUCUUCUUGGCCCAAACAGAGCAAGGGGACAUUUUCAAGGUGACUUUGGAGAUAGACGAAGAUAUGGUAACAGAGAUCAAACUCAAAUACUUUGACACUGUACCUGUUGCGACUGCCAUGUGCGUGAUGAAGACAGGAUUUCUGUUCGUGGCUGCGGAAUUUGGCAAUCACUACCUAUACCAGAUUGCUCAUCUUGGAGAUGAUGAUGAUGAACCCGAGUUCAGCUCCGCCAUGCCUCUGGAGGAGGGAGACACAUUCUUUUUUGCUCCAAGGCCUCUCAAGAAUCUGGUUUUGGUUGAUGAAAUGGACUCGCUUUCACCUAUUUUAGCAUGCCAGGUCGCUGAUUUAGCUAAUGAGGACACACCGCAGCUGUACAUGGCGUGUGGCCGGGGACCCCGCUCCUCUAUACGUGUUCUGCGCCAUGGUCUGGAGGUUUCAGAGAUGGCUGUCUCCGAGUUACCUGGCAACCCCAACGCUGUGUGGACCGUCAAGAAACGAGUCGAUGAUGAGUAUGAUGCAUACAUCAUUGUAUCUUUCGUCAAUGCCACCCUGGUGUUGUCUAUUGGUGAGACUGUGGAAGAAGUGGCGGAUUCUGGAUUCCUCGGGAUCACCCCCACACUGUCCUGCUCUGCGCUUGGCGACGAUGCUGCGGUCCAGGUGUACCCAAACGGUGUAAGACACAUCCGGUCUGACAAGCGACUACAGGAUUGGAAGGUCACAGGCAAGAAGCAGAUAGUCAAGUGUGCGGUAAACCAGCGGCAAGUGGUAAUAGCCCUCACUGGUGGCGAGUUGGUUUACUUCGAGAUGGAUGCUACGGGAGAGCUUAAGGAGUAUGAUACACACAAGGAGAUGGCUAGUGAUGUGGUCUGUAUGGCACUGGGGAAUGCUCCCUCUGGGGAGCAGAUGUCUCGGUUCCUAGCCGUGGGUCUGGCGGACAACACAGUGCGCAUCAUCUCCCUGGACCCUGAUGAUGGAUUGUCUCCACUUAGCAUGCAAGCACUGCCAGCGGCUGCGGAAUCACUAUGCAUUGUUGAGAUGGGAGCCGGUGAGGACGACAGUGCACGCGGUACUCUCUACCUCAACAUUGGUCUCACCAAUGGUGUGCUGCUGCGUACAGUUCUUGAUCCGGUUACUGGAGACCUUAGUGAUACCCGGACCCGGUAUCUGGGCUCACGGCCUGUUAAACUCUUCCGCAUCAAGAUGCAAGGCAACCAAGCGGUGUUAGCCAUGUCCAGCAGAUCCUGGCUAAGUUACAGCUAUCAGAACCGGUUCCACCUGACACCUCUGUCGUACGAGUCGCUAGAGUUUGCAUCAGGUUUCUCCUCAGAGCAAUGCCCUGAGGGUAUUGUCGCCAUCUCUUCAAAUACAUUGAGAAUUCUUGCUUUAGAGAAACUGGGAGCCGUUUUCAACCAGGUAUCAUUUCCAGUGGAAUAUACUCCUCGUAAGUUUAUUGUGCAUCCAGAGUCGUCUAACUUGAUUAUCCUGGAGACGGAGCACAACGCCUAUACAGAGGAGACAAAGAGACAAAGGAGAAUCCAGAUGGCAGAGGAGAUGCAGGAGGCUGCUGGGGAGGAGGAGGAGGAGCUGGCCAAGGAGAUGGCUCAGGCAUUCCUCAACGAGGAUCUACCAGAGAGAGUGUUCUCUGCACCCAAGGCGGGGGCUGGGAUGUGGGCCAGUCUGCUGCGGCUGCUAGAUCCGGUGGAAGGCAAGACUCACCUCAUCCUGCGACUUGAGCAGAACUUGGCCGCUGUCAGUGUUGCCCUCGUCAAGUUUGCCAACCAGCCAGAAACCCAGCAGUUUCUGGUAGUCGGUGUUGCGAAGGACCUGCAGCUAAACCCCAGGCAGGUCGGCUGUGGCUACAUCUACACCUACAAGGUAGACUCGUCUUGCACCUCGCUGGAGCUAGUACACAAGACGCAAGUAGACGAGGUUCCAACAGCAAUUUGUGGCUUCCAGGGCCGUCUGCUUGUGGGUGUCGGCCGCAUGCUGCGACUGUACGACAUGGGCAAGAAGAAACUUCUGCGCAAGUGUGAGAACAAGCACAUUCCAAACCUGAUUGUGGAUAUAAGGGCGAUGGGUCAUCGUAUCUUUGUGAGUGACGUACAGGAGAGUGUGUAUAUGGUGAGGUACAAGCGGGCAGAGAACCAGUUGAUCAUCUUCGCAGACGACACUCAGCCACGUUGGAUCACCACCACCUGCGUGCUCGACUACAACACUGUUGCAUGCGCAGAUAAAUUUGGCAACAUUUCUGUGAUCCGACUAUCACAGAACAUAUCAGAUGAUGUUGAUGAGGACCCCACUGGCAACAAGGCCUUGUGGGACAGAGGUUUGCUGAAUGGAGCAUCCCAAAAGGCAGAUUUCAUUGCCAAUUUUCACAUUGGAGAGGUCUGCAUGUCACUACAGAAAGCUACACUGAUCCCUGGGGGCUCAGAGUCACUGGUGUAUACUACACUUUCGGGCACAGUUGGUGUGUUGGUGCCUUUUACUUCUCACGAGGAUCAGGACUUCUUCCAGCAUCUCGAGAUGCACAUGCGCUCUGAGAAUGCUCCACUUUGUGGCCGUGACCAUCUCUCCUUCCGAUCAUACUACUAUCCACUGAAGAAUGUACUGGAUGGUGACUUGUGUGAACAGUACAACGCAAUAGAUGCUUCUAAACAGAAAAGUAUAGCUGAGGAUCUUGACAGGACCUCCAGUGAAGUGUCUAAGAAACUAGAAGAUAUUCGUACUAGAUACGCUUUCUAAGCUCAUUCACAUACUUGUAUAUAUAAUUUUCUGUGUGUGAUGAUUUUUUUGUAUCGUUUACAUGAUUUUUGUCAUGAAUUAAAAUUUGUUUUGUUUAAAGCUUUA